AUGUCAGGCACAAGGACCAGAGAAAGCGAGGAAGGACGCAAUGUUGGCCGGCCUAAAUGGUGUCGUACCUGCUUGCUGUCAGCAUUCCUGAUCCUCUGUGGGGCCGUUCUGUCGCUGAACUACAUCAGCAUUGACUUCUGGUCAUUCAUUGUGAAGACCUGGACCCAAUGGGGGAGGGUGAAGGGCCAAGAGAGUGGUACAGCACAACCACGUGGGACAUCGACCCCUACUACUCUCAAAUCCACCACCACCCAAGCACCCUGGAAGCCACUAGGACCCUUUGAGAUCCUCUACCCCCACAAGUACCACUUCAUUCUUGAUGAGCCUGAAAAGUGCAGAAACCAGUGUCCUUUCCUGGUACUUGUGGUACCAGUUGCACCCCACAACCGGGCAGCUCGGGACACCAUCCGUAGGACCUGGGGUAACGAGAGCCUGGUGCCUGGGGUGACCAUCCGUCGACUCUUUCUGCUGGGACUAGAGGACCAGACAGGUGGCCUACAGGAAGAGCUGCAUGCUGAGAGCAAGGAGCACCAUGACCUGCUGCAGGCCAACUUUUUGGACAGGUAUCUCAAUCUGACUAUCAAGACCAUGGUGAUGAUAGAGUGGUUGGUCACCCGCUGCCCCAAUGCCUCCUACGCUGCCAAGGUGGACACAGACAUGUUCUUCAAUGUAGACCUUCUGGUUAACACACUGUUGGACCCCCACGCUGCACAGCCCAAGGAGGACUACAUCACGGGUGCGGUCAUCCGUAACGGGCUGGUGCAGAGGCAGAAGGGCACCAAAUGGUACGUGCCCGAGGAGGUCUUCCCCCAGGAGACCUAUCCAUGCUAUGUGUCCGGGAAUGCCUACGCCUUUUCCAUGGACCUUUCCGAAAAAAUCCUGAGGGCAUCCCGACACGUGCGAGCCUUCCAUCUGGAGGAUGUGUACCUGGGCAUGUGCUUAGAGCACUUAGGGAUCCUGCCCACUGACCCACCUCAGCCUGGCCUCUUCUACUUGUGGCAAAUCCCUUACAACCGAUGCAAGUUUUCUGGGAUUGUCUCCAUCACUGGAUUUAGCCUAAAUAAAAUUGACAGGUACUGGAGUGACUUCCAAAAGCCUGGGCCACCCUGCUAGGGGGUGCUAUGGAGAA